UGGGUCCCGAAAAUGUCUACGUCGGCGAUAAACUGCCACUGCAUUCCGACGAACAGGCAGAACUGCCGUACGUUGUCUGCGCUGAGUUCGGCAAUGAUCUGACAAAACGCACCGUGCUCAUUUAUGGGCAUGUUGAUGUGAAGCCAGUAGAUAAGAAUGAGAACUGGACUCACGAUCCAUUUGACCUGCAAGUGGUUGGCGAGUAUAUGUGGGCCAGGGGGGUUACGGAUGACAAAGGCCCCGUCGUCGGAUGGUUGAAUGCUAUUGAAGCAUACGUAAAAACCAAAAUUGAAAUACCUGUGAACCUCAGGGUCCUUAUUGAUGGCAGUGAAGAAACGGGUUCAGAACAUAUUCGUCGUAUUGACUACGUUGCUAUUUCCGACAACUACUGGCUCGGAAUGAACACGCCCUGCCUCACCUACGGCCUCCGAGGUGUCAUCUACUUUUACGUCUAUGUGGAAGGACCAAAAAGGCAUCUGCACUCUGGUGCACACGGUGGAGCGGUUCAAGAACCCCUUGAGGAUCUAGAUGCGCUCUUAGCCUCACUCGUCGACAAGGCUGGAAAAGUACUGGUGCCAAACUUGUAUGAUUCUGUUCGAAAACCCGAUGAGGAGGAGCUCAGGCGAUUUGCGAAACUGGAUUUCACUAUACCCACAUACGGAGGACAGAUUACGACCAACGCACUCUACGAGGCUUCCAAAGUGGAAAUGCUUCAAAGAAGAUGGUGUCUUCCAUGCAUAACAGUUCAUGGCAUUGAGGACUCAUUUGACAAAAUUGGAGCACUAACACUCAUUCCUAAAAAGGUUGGCCCUUAUGUUUAUUCAUCUCCAUUUUGA